AGGAACCAUGAGGUCUCUGGUCUUUAUUCUGCUUCUGGGAGCUGCUGUGGCUCAGGAGGACGAUAAGAUUGUUGGAGGGUAUGAGUGCGAGCGUCACUCCCAGCCCUGGCAGGUGUCUCUGAACUCCGGGUACCACUUCUGCGGUGGCUCCCUGGUCAAUGAGAACUGGGUGGUGUCCGCUGCUCACUGCUACAAAUCCCGUGUGCAGGUGCGCCUGGGAGAGCAUCACAUCAUGGUGAACGAGGGCACCGAGCAGUUCAUCUCCUCCUCCAAAGUCAUCCGCCACCCCAACUACAGCUCCUGGACCCUCAACAACGACAUCAUGCUGAUCAAGCUGAGCUCCCCCGCUACCCUCAACGAGUUCGUGCAGCCCGUGGCCCUGCCCAGCAGCUGUGCCCCCGCCGGCACCAAGUGCAGAGUCUCUGGCUGGGGCAACACCAUGAACCCCGCCGAUGAUGGUGACAAGCUGCAGUGUCUGGAGAUCCCCAUCCUGUCGGAGACCGAUUGUGACAACUCCUACCCUGGCAUGAUCACCCCCGCCAUGUUCUGCGCCGGCUACCUGGAGGGAGGCAAGGACUCCUGCCAGGGUGACUCUGGUGGCCCAGUUGUGUGCAACGGCGAGCUGCAGGGUGUUGUGUCCUGGGGAUACGGCUGUGCCGAGAAGGAUCACCCCGGUGUCUACGCCAGGGUCUGCAUGUUCAAUGACUGGCUCGCCACCACCAUGGCCAGCUACUAAGGCUUGCAGCUCAGCUCCGUAUCUACUCAACUCAACAACCUGUCGAACGGCCAACAGCAUGACGUCGACACGAUGAAUAAUAAAGCUGCCGAUGAUUCAUUUUCUCAGUAUUUACUGUCUAAUUUGAGCCAAUUUCUCGCCCCCGUGGGGGUUUGCUGUGAGACUUGUCGUUGUGUAGAGCUCCACUGCGGUGGGAGUUACAGGUUCCAAUCCAG